GAGCCCCACCGGCGUGUUCUGCUUCAGUGCGAUUCUGAGUGUUCAAACGUUAAGUCGAGUUGGCGAAGUUUGCGCGCGUGUGUGUGUGUGCCGUUGUGUUUUUAUUUACAAACAAAAAUUAUUGCUUUCCAAAGUUUAACAUUUGCAUUUGACACCUCUUUUGCCAACAAUUGCUGCAUUGGCAUUGUUGUUGUCACCAAUGCCGUUUGAUUUGCAGCAGCCUUUUUUGUUAGUGAGCGCAUACUUACAUAUGUACAUUCAUAUGGAAAUAUGAGCGUUUGAAUAUGCAAUUUUGAAAAAAAAAAAAAAAAACGAAUAGCAGCUAAAAUGAAGCGUCAAAAUUGAGACGGGCCAACGCUUCGGUCCUAUACUUUUACCAAAGUGAAGUCAGAAUAUUUUAGCAAGUGGCAGCGGUGAAGAGGAAAACUAAUAAUAAAUAAGAAUCAGUGAAUCAGUGGAGUAAUAAAAAAUCGCCAAGCAGCAGUAAUAAUAAAAAUAUUAAAUAAAUUACAACAACGAAUGCGAGUUCGAGUGAAAUUGCUUUUGCGCGUUGAACGUGAAUGUGCGGUUGAUCGCAUGUUGUUGGAGUCGCGUUAAUUCAGUGACUACAUGACUGGAAGGCCUUUGCUAUCCUGCUUGAGGCAAACAGAAUCAUUGCAGGCGAAAACAACGAACCAAUAAAAGUUGUUUUGGAUUGAGACAAAAGAAGUCAUUCUGUAGACAGUUGCCGAGUGUUACCAACAUUUUGACAGUUUUCCACUCAGGCGCUUGCCAUAAGUGAAAAAUAAUAGGCGUGCGGUCUGCCUAAGCAGCAUGAAUUCGACGUCAUAUCGCGGCCGCUCCAGCGACGAAGCACUCGAUGAGCAUUUGAAGCUGCAACAACGUCAACAAGCAAUGCCGAUGACAAUGAGCACCACCCGUAGACAGCUGAGCGGSAACACAGUAGUGCCGCCAACACCACCACCGCCCGAACGCAUGCGCAUGCGCACCGACUCCAAUGCGACGAGCAUCUAUGUGAUCGGCGCAGACACCACCCACAGACACAUCGCUGCAACGGGCGGCGGUGGUGUGGGCGGCGCGCAGACAGAUAGCAAUCCGGCAACAAUGGAGCGCAGRCAACACAAUCGUUUGUCUUGGGUGAAUAUGCGUAGAGGUGGCGAAGACGCGGUGCAUCUGGAGGGCGGUGGCAGCGGCGCGGUGACUAUCACGCCWUCGCCGCAAACAACGCGYAGCUACAUAUCCACAGUAUCCACAAUCACWGCUACGAUUGGCAACGGCGGCGACACAAUAAGAAGCCGCGCUGGCGGGGGCGCUGGCACAGGUGUACACAUCGGUAACGGCACAAUUAGUGGACGCACCACAGCCGCUUCGGGGCGCAUGAGCACUAGUGGUGGCACUACCAUCAGCGGUAGCAACAACACACUAAACGAUAUUAUUUCCGAUUAUCACAGCCAUGAGGCGGCCAGCAGCCGCGACUUCCACUACAACAACACAGUUGUGGCGUCGACGCCGCACAUGAAGCAGCUCUCCAGCAGCGGCAGUUUUAACAUGACCAACGGCAGCACGGUGAAGCUGCUGCCGGUGAUGGACGACGAAACCAAUCAACAGAAAGACAACAUUUCCGUUGACCCCUCGGAAAGCAGAUGCGCCCACCUUAGUACGAUAACUCUUUACAGGAUCAUCUUAAAUGAAAAAAACGCGUUUUGUUUAAGGCCUUAACUUAUAACUGGGCGAAGGAAAAGAACAUAAAAUUGGAUUUUUGGCAGACAUUUUUACAAAAAAAUUAAAAUUUCAGUGAACAUUUCCCCAACAGUAUUCUAGAGGU